AAUGCCGUGGGAUCCCUGGGAAUGGCUGGUGUGAGAUCCCUGGGAAUGCCAUGGGAUCCCUGGGAAUGCUGUGGGAUCCAUGGGAAUGCCAUGGGAUCCCUGAGAAUGCCGUGGGAUCCCCAGUCUGUUCCCUUCCCUCGCUCUGUCCCUCCAUCCCAGCACCAUCCCAGCCUUUCCUUGUGUUUUCCCCCAGCUCCUGGUUCCCAGAGAGGAUCCUUCCCACCAGGAUUCCCGCUCCUGCUCCGUCAUCCCGGCUUUUCCCGUGCCAAGGAUGCCCUUCCCGCUGCUCAUCCUGGCACUCGGCCUGGCAGGCGCCAUGGAGAUCCAGGUGCCCGAGGAGCCCGUGGUGGCCCUGUUUGGCCAGGACGCCACCCUGCUGUGCUCCUUCUCUCCCGAGGCCAACUUCAGCGUGGCCGAGCUCAGCCUCAUCUGGCAGCUGACGGACACCAAGCGCCUGGUGCACGAGUUCUCCGGAGGCCAGGACCGCCUGCAGGACCAGGGCCAGGGCUAUGCCAACCGCACGGCGCUCUUCUACGACCAGCUGCAGCGGGGCAACGUGUCGCUGCUGCUGCGCCGCGUGCGCAUCGCCGACGAGGGCAGCUUCACCUGCUUCGUGCGCGUGCGCGACUACGACAGCGCCGCCGUGGCGCUGCAGGUGGCAGCUCCCUACUCCAAGCCCAGCGUGCACCUGGAGCCCAGCAAGGACCUGAAGCCGGGCGACGUGGCCGAGGUGACGUGCCACGCGUCCCGCGGCUACCCCGAGGCCAGCGUGCUGUGGCAGGACAGCCGGGGUGCCAACCUGACUGCCAACGUCACCACGUGGCAGGUGGCCAACGAGGACGGGCUCUUCGAGGUGCGCAGCGUCCUGCGCGUGCUGGUGGAGCCCAACGUCACCUACUCGUGCCUGGUGCUCAACGCCGCGCUGCGCCAGCACGGCCACGCCUCGGUCACCAUCACGGGCCAGCCCCUGGCAUUCCCGGCGGUGGCCCUGUGGGUGACAGUGGCCCUGGCCGUGUGCGUGGUGGCCCUGCUGGGCGUCCUGGCCUUCGUGUGCCACCAGAAGAUCCGGGAGAGCUGCCGGGAGGAUGAGGAGCGCACAGCUCUGCAGCUGCUGGAAAACACGGAGAGCAGAGAGGGUCGGGAGCAGGAGAUCGAUUGACGGCAGCCCCGGCCCCGCCCGCCUGUCCCCGAGCCAGCAGCGACACCCCCGGG